UAUCAAGUCAAUAUUUGACGUCGAAUUUUAGAAACGAAAGUUCUUGUCAGAUAACAAUCCUUACCAGCUUACUGCUUGUUUGCUGUAUGAGGUUGAUUUGAAUGGUAUGUUGUUCCAAAUAUAUUGAUUUAUAUUUAUUCACCAUCCAGUGUAUUGAGAUGUCAGAUAUCGUCGAAGAAGUCGGCACAGUGGUUCGACAAGUGGAGAAGGAGUCUGAUGCAAGUGAUGACGAAUCAUUUUCUGACGUUGUCAAAACUGAGGAACAGUUUCACGAUUCUUUGGACACGGUAGUUAUUUCUGGUGUUCAAGAAACGCACGAUAGCAACACACAGAACAUCACGAUAGCGCACAAUGUGGAUGAGAAAGAAACAGAGGGAAGGUACGUUGAUUUGAGACAUUCCAGGACAGAUAGGAAAUGUGUGCAGGUCGAGGAUAAUGAUGAUGUAGAAAAACGUGGCAUUCAGGUCACAGACAACAAUGAUACAGAUGACAUGGCUGCCAAUUUCUCGGAUAUGAACACGAAUGAUUCUGUCGAAGUCACUAGUCAAACGCCAGAUUCACAAAUGCAGAAAAAAUCUGAUGUAUCAAAUUGUGCAGAUAUGAAUGAGUUUGAUUUUUGUGAAGAACUUUCGAAAGACAAUAAUGGAAACACAAAUAAUACAGAAGUGAACUUGGAUGAACUUCUUGAAAAUGAAGAUUCUGAAAGUGAAGAAGAUGAUAACUAUGAAUCGGCAGAAGAAGGUGAAGCAAAUGAAGAAGAGUUAAAACAACUGGAAGAAAAAAUGACAGAUGAAGAAAAGGAGGAGAAGCGGAAAGAAGCACAGUGCUGUAAAGAGGAAGGAAACAAACUUUUUAAGGACCAGAUUUUCAAGGAGGCAAUACGCUGUUAUACUAGAGCCUUGCAUAUAUGUCCCCUGAGCUUUCCAAAAGACAGAGCCAUAAUGUUUUCCAACAGAGCUGUGUGUAAACUCAAACUGGACCACAAGGAAGAUGCUAUCAAGGAUUGCACACAUGCCCUAAAUCUCCACCCACACUACCUUAAGGCCUUGCUGAGGAGAGCCGAACUCUACGAGGGGGAAGAUAAACUAGAUGAGGCUUUGGUGGACUAUCAGAAAGUACUGGAACUUGACCCAGGACAACAUUCAGCUCGAGCUGCGUGUAUGAGGUUACCUGACCAAAUCAAGGAAAGAAAUGAGAAAAUGAAAGAAGAAAUGCUAGGUAAACUAAAGGAUCUUGGAAACAUGAUACUUAAACCCUUUGGCUUGUCUACACAGAAUUUCCAGCUCAACCAAGACCCAAACACUGGUGGAUACUCCGUGAAUUUCUCACAGAAUGAAAACAAAUAAUAACAUGCAUGUAUAUAUAUUAGGAAAUGAGGACACCACAUCAGUUUUAUAUUGACAUGUAUCUUAUCUUGUAUUUCAUCUUGUAUUUCAAAAUGUCCAAAUCAACAAUCCAGACUGUGUAUGUUAUCGUGUUAAUAUCAUUGUGGGGUUGAUCGUCACCUGUCAAUUAAUUUAUAUCUGUAAUAAAAUCAUGAUAAAAAAAGUCAAAUAAA